AGUACCAAAAAAAACAUUCAACUUAAUAAAACAAGUUCCCUUUAUAAGCUUGAUCCAUUUGUGGACGAUAAAGGUAUUCUUCGAGUUGGUGGUCGUUUAAAAAGAGCCAAUCUAAGCGAGAAUCAUAAGUUUCCCAUCAUACUUCCUAAGAACAAUCACGUGAGCAACUUGAUUGUCCGAGAUUUCCACGAGAGAGUAAAGCAUCAAGGUAGAGGUAUAACCCUUAACGAAAUCAGAUCCAAUGGUUACUGGAUUAUUAAAGGAACAGCAGCUGUUUCCAAGUGUAUAGCAGGUUGCACAGUAUGUCGUAAGCUUCGAGGAACUACACAAGGACGGAAGAUGGCAGACCUGCCAAUUGAUCGAGUGGAACCCUCGCCUCCGUUCACGUAUGCAGCAGUGGACUACUUUGGUCCUUGGAUCAUUAAAGAAAAAAGAAAGGAAUUAAAGAGAUAUGGUGUCCUUUUCACCUGUUUGGCGUCAAGAGCUGUACAUCUAGAAAUUGCACACAGUCUUAGCACAGAUUCAUUCAUUAACGCUCUUCGUCGCUUUGUUUGUCGAAGAGGUCCAGUACGGCAAUUGAGAAGCGAUCAGGGAACCAACUUCGUUUGUGCGAAAGGAGAACUUAAAGACGCCAUAUCCGAACUUGAUCGUGAGAAGAUUAGUUCAGAAAUGCUCAAGCACCAUUGCGACUGGAUAGUAUUCAAGAUGAAUGUCCCAAGUGCUAGCCACAUGUGUGGCAGUUGGGAAAGACAAAUUCGAACCGUGCGCAACGUCUUGUCGGGUAUGUUAGACACAACUGGAGCGCAACUUGACGAUGAAUCAUUACGGACUCUGUUUUGUGAAGUUGAGGCUAUCGUAAAUAGCCAUCCUUUGACCGUUGACUCCAUGAAUGAUCCUGAUUCGUUAAGCCCAUUGACACCCAACCACUUACUUACUAUGAUGUCAAAAAUUGUUCUUCCACCGCCAGGUGUCUUCCAAUCAGUUGACCUUUACUCUCGAAAACGUUGGCGCCGAGUCCAGAAUUUAGCUAAUGAAUUUUGGUCUCGUUGGCGAAAGGAAUUUCUUCACAGCCUCCAGCAAUGA